AUUUUGCACAUUUUGGAUUGAACCAAAAAAAAAAUUAUCAAAAAUCCCACCACGAAUUUAAACAAACAGAAAUUUGAUGUUUGUGAGAAAAUCAAAGAAAAGUGAAAUGUACUAAGACCAAAGAAUCAGAAAAGAUACAUCUUUAAGCGCGUACGCAUACAACUUGCAAAUUUAACCUUAACGUAUUCAAAUGUCCUUGACAUCCUGCAUCCUUUGAGUGCCAAAACACAUAACUGAAUAUUUUAAAAAAAAUUGCAACGGCAGAAAAUAAGUGAAUUUUAAAUUUUACAUAAAAGAAUAUACAGUUAAUACAAUUUUAUAAAAAAAAGUUCCAUAAAAUAAAAUAAAAAUGGCUUUACGUUGUGCUGGUCUAUUUCUUAGCAAAGAACUUAGUGCUUCUUCACAGAUUGCCAAACAAUUCCGUCAAUUGCACAUAAGUACAGCUUGUGCUGGUUCAAAUUUUUUGAAGGACUCACCAAAUACCGCAUUGGACAAAUCCAUACUGGAACGUUACCGUAAAUUGGAGACUCCAGCCAAUCGCGUACAAGCCACCUAUCUCUGGAUUGAUGGCACAGGCGAACAUAUACGUUUGAAGGAUCGCGUAUUAGACAAAAUUCCCACCAGUGUCAAUGACUUACCUAAAUGGCAGUACGAUGGAAGUUCCACAUAUCAAGCUGCAGGCGAGAAUUCUGAUACCAUACUCGCGCCACGUGCUAUUUAUCGUGAUCCCUUCAAGCCAGGCCAAAAUGAUAUUAUAGUAAUGUGUGAUACUUACAAUGCCGAUGGUAAGCCCACAAAGUCAAAUAAACGUGCCGCUUGCCAGGCAGCUAUUGAAAAAGCCGAUGCUGAAGAACCAUGGUUUGGUAUUGAACAGGAAUAUACUUUACUCGAUGUUGAUGGUCGCCCAUUUGGCUGGCCAGCUAACGGCUACCCUGCACCACAAGGUCCUUAUUAUUGUGGUGUAGGUGCCGAUCGUGUUUAUGCACGUGAUCUCGUUGAAGCACAUGCCAUUGCUUGCUUAUAUGCUGGCAUUGAUUUUGCUGGUACCAAUGCUGAAGUAAUGCCUGCACAAUGGGAAUAUCAGGUUGGACCAAGUCUAGGUAUGAAAGCCGCUGAUGAUUUAUGGGUUUCACGUUACAUUUUACAUCGCAUUGCUGAAGAAUAUGGCGUUGUUGUCACAUUGGAUCCUAAACCCAUGAAAGGUCAAUGGAAUGGAGCUGGUGCACAUACUAAUUUCUCAACAAAAGCUAUGCGCGCCAAUGGUGGUAUGAAAGCUAUUGAAGCUGCUAUUGAAAAACUUAGCAAACAGCAAGAAAGACAUAUACGCGCAUAUGAUCCCAAAGAGGGUAAAGACAACCAACGUCGUUUGUUGGGCGCUUUAGAGACCUCAAGUAUUGAUAAAUUUUCUUGGGGCGUUGCUAAUCGCGGUGUCAGUGUGCGUAUACCACGUGGUGUUGCCGAUGCUGGCAAAGGUUACUUUGAGGAUCGUCGUCCAAGUUCGAACUGCGAUCCAUAUGCAGUGUGUGAUGCACUUAUCAGAACCUGCUUACUAAAUGAAUAGAUUCUUACUUAAAUUUUGCUAAGCGCGUAAGCGUUCCCGUUGCGAUUGUGACGAUUGUGUAAGAAUGUUGCAUGAAAAGUAUUUUUUGGUGAAUUUGACCGAUUUGAAAAUUUAUUUUGAGAAAGUGUUAAGAGAAUACGUGCAAAACUAAUGAAAAAAUUUAAAAAAAAAUAUUAUUUUAAAUCAAGUAAAAUAUUAAUUAAUAAGCAAACAAAGAAA